CUCCUCUACCACCUCCAGACCCCCUACAAACAACCAGGCUUCUACAACCAAAUAUCAUUCAAAAGAGGGUUUUCUGGGAAGGUAGAGUCUUGGAAGAACCUAAAUUGGCAGUUCCUGGCAGUAAGAGUAAAUUAGUCAGUAAGUUGCUUGUAAGAGCGCAGGCUUUGAGUAGGAAAUCAGUUUCAAAUAAUUGA